AUGGAAGGAAGUUUGAUGCGCGUGGGCGAGGUUACAGUGCAAGUCAAGCACGGAAGUACGGCAAUGAUAAACGGCGAUUUUCUGUUCGUUAAGCUCAGACGUAAGUAA